AUAGACACAUCUAUUCACCAGCAGAUUCUUCCUUCUAAUGGCUGUCUCACCUUCCUUUUUGCAUCCCGAGGUGCCGGAAAGAUUUGCCAAACUAGUGAACAUCACAGUGCUGGAUGGACACGACUUGAAAGGUGUCAAAGGAGAUGGGCCAGUUACCUUUGUGCGUACCGAAUACAAUGGCAUCGUUCUUGGUGACUCUGCAAAAGUGGAAAGUUCAGCAGAAGGAAGUGCGAAAUAUAAUUUCACUACUACCUUUGACUGCCAGCCUGAAGGGCAACACAGCCUAGAUGACAUUGCACACAAACCUUUGCUAUUCACUGUGACAGAAGUCUUACCAAAGGAGAAGAAGCAGAAGGAAGAGAAGACCAUGAUGCUUGGUCAAGCUGUAAUGGACCUUCUACCUUUACUGGAAGGACUCUGUGAAUUUAGUGCAACACUUCCACUAUACCCUGUGCUCGGCUCUCCCCUGGAGACCCUCCGGCCAGAUGCAAAGUGUGUCAUCAACGUAACAGUAUCUGUGCAGGAGAGUCUGCUGUCCCCAUGGCAGCUGUCCGAGGGCAAUCUCCUUAGAGUGACUGUGGAAGGUGUUUAUUCGGUCCCUGAAACGUUCCUGCCCACUGGACCCCCACAGAACUAUAUGAUCGGCUUGCAAGUGCCUGCUGUUGGCGAGAAAGAAUGCCCCUUCCUGUUCAAGAAUGGAGUACUGAAGUUUGGUGGUGAGAAAGAACCGCUACCCCGGCCCAAAAAGUGGCCGGUCACCAACAUCUUAGCACCAGGGGGGCAGAAUAUCCCAGACUCCUUUAUCGUUGGUGGUGAUUACGAGGAGGAGGAUGGAGAGCUGAACACACUGGAGGAUAGAGAUCUCAGGAUCCAGGCAGAAACUAUUAAAAAACGGAUUAUGUGGGACUUGGAAAGGCGCUGCUACUUAGAUCCUCUUGCUGUGCUCUGUUUUCGAAAGCGGAUUGCAGAUUGUAGGUACUGGCCUGUGGAGAUGACCAGAGUGCCUGUGGUCACUUCCACCAAAACAAAAGGUGGAAAAGGAGAGAAGGGAGGAGGAGGUGGCGGAGGCGAAGAAGAGCAGAUUUCCUUUCAUGGUGUGGCUUACAUCAACGCAGUGCCUCUGCUCUAUCCUGGGGUGAAGCGGAUCCGCGGUGCAUUCCGGGUCUACCCUUAUCUUGACAAUGAGGUGUUUGAAAAGACGAAGUGUCUCUUCAGUCUUUUCCGUGACAUCGGCCACCAGGCAGCCCUGAAUAAAUUAGGGCUGCUCACCCCACAUACCAAAGGUAUCCUUGGGAAGACCACAAAGGAGGACAAGCCCGCUAAAGAGGUCGUAAUGAGAAAGGCAUCUAAUAUUGUGAAAAAGGACACAUCUGAUACCACAAUAGAAGCGGCUAUAUCUAUAUGCCAGAACAUUGAAGGACAGCAAUAUAUAGACAGCGGAACGUUUAUUGUGAUAGAGUUUGCGCUGGACAAACCUUUGGUGCCCAAGCGUUUGCCAGAGGAGCUCGCCAACCGGGUAAAGGAGAUGAUUCCUCCACGCCCUCAACUCCCUCGAAGGACUGCAGGAGCUAAGAAGGCAGUCGAAGAUUACCACUCUCAGGUCACCAGCAUUGCUGAGGCCAUUCUGGAUGAGUAUCAUGAGCUGUUUGGCAGGCAGUUGGUUGAAGGGUAUGCCAUUGACAGCCACACCCUGGAGGACCAGAAAUGCCAGCUCAACUAUGAGCUCAACAGCUCUGGGAAAUACUUUGCUUUUAAGGAGCAAAUCAAGCAUGCCGUGGUGAAAAUUGUGCGAGAGAAGUACUUGAAAACAACUGCAUUCGACAACUUGGACCAGCUCCAAGCUUUUCUGAGCGAGCUGUACGUGUACCUGGUGGAUCAGAUGCAUGUCGCUCUGAAUCAGGUGCUGUCCCAGCAGACCCCCAGCCCUCCACCUCCCAGCUUUACCACCUCUGACCAGCUCCGUCUUUUUGCCCGCGAAGCCCAGAACAACGGAGACUAUAACUUGGCAGCGACUUACUACCAGGAGAGAUUGUCUCGUGACCGCCAGGAUAUCCAGAGUUGGUUGGAUUAUGGCACUUUCUGUCUGCUGACUGAAAACAAUCUCAAAGCCCAGGAGUGCUUCCGCGAGGCUGUUAGCCUGGACCCCAAUCACCUACCCAGCAUACUGCUCUGUGGCAUCAUGGCUGUGAUGCUGGAGAACUACGAAGAUGCUGAGGUCUUCUUUGAGGACGCCACCUGCUUGGAACCCUCCAGCAUUCUGGCCUGGACCAUCUUAGGGCUAUUCUAUGAUAUCCAGGAGAAUGACAUUAGGGUGGAGAUGGCGUUUCAGAAGGCUUUCAAACUCCAGAAGGCUUCUUUCCAGAAGGAGCGACCUCCACCUGAGGUUUCAGAUGCAGUACGAAAGGUCUCCAUGUCUCCUUCAGCGGUGGAAGUUCUUUCUGUUUCAGCGGAGGAUGAGCUGAGUAAGCUGAGACUCUGCCUGCAGGGAAUUUGUAAACAAUGGGGUCUUGGAAAAAGCACAGCAAGUUCACAGCAGGUCAAAGAUAUUCAUGUUCACGACAGACAGAAUAUGUUAUGCCAACAGGAACAUCAUCUAUCAUCUGUUGACGUUUCAGACAUCCCAGAGCCGUCCAUAACCAUCCAUCGGGCAGAGGAGGAGAAAAUUCCUAAGAUCGCCAGAAAAAUGUCCCUGGCUCCCAGUAGAUUGAAGCUGGCGCCUCCGAAAGUGUCUGAUGAAGAAUCCUUUCAUCGCCUGCAAGACGAGGAAGGAACACCUAAGAUUUCAAGGAGGAUGUCGAUGGCUUCCAGUAGAAUGAAGCUGCCUACUCUGAAAGAACCCAAGGUUGCCUUUGAAACAGAGCCUCCCCCACUCCCUCCCCCACAGCCCAUCACCAUCUUCAUGGAGACGAUUAACUUUUUGAUGGACGUCAAUGCCUUCCAGUUUGUUCACAAGGCAUUGGCACAUGAGCUGCUCUGCCCUCAAGGAGGCCCCAGCUGUGACUACUACCUGGUGCUGGCCCAGACCUACAUGCUCAAGAAGGAAUACAGCAAGACAGAAGAAUGCCUGGAAAUGGCCGUCCAGAUUGAUUACCUGAAUCCAGAGGUUUGGGCUCAGAAAGGGCAUCUCUGCUACCUGACUGGGGACUUUGGCGAGGCAAAGGCCUGCUAUGAGCGGACCAUCAGUUUUGUGACUGAUGCAAAGGAUAUGCACUUUGUCUACCUGCGGUUAGGAUCCAUCUACUUAGAGAGGAAGGAGUAUGACAAGGCAAAGGACAUCUACCUGCUGGCCAGUAAGAAAUCACCUUCCUGUCUCACAUGGCUGGGAGUAGGAAUUGCCUGCUAUAGGCUCAAAGAGAUGGUGGAGGCAGAAGAUGCCCUCUCUGAGGCCAAUGCCCUCAACAACAACAACGCUGAAGUCUGGGCGUAUCUGGCUCUCGUCUGCAUGCAGGGUGGAAGGCAGCUGGAGGCAGAACAAUCCUACAAAUAUGCUGUCAAGCUGGAGCUGGCCAACGAGGAACUGCUAAAGGAGAUCCAUGAGGUGCAGUUAGACGUUGGUUUUGGCAAUCCGUCUUUCUGAACGCUUCCAAUUUAUGGACACUUCGACUGUUUUGAGCAGGGGGUGAACAAAGAGUUGGGUGUUACGCAGUAGGAAGAUAUGCCAGAUUCCUACCACUGGGCAGACCAAUCCACAAAAUGCCCUGACAUUUUUUUGCUGACGUUUAUUGUAUAAAGCAGAGGUGGAAAACCCUGUGGCCCCCUCCCUUGGUGUUGCUGGGAUUCCAGCUCCCAUCAACCCCAUCUAGCAUAGCCAACAGUUAGGGAUUGAUGGGAACUGGAGUCCAGCAAAAUCUGGAGGCUCACCCUUGGUAUAAGGAACCUGGAAUUUUCAGGUGGCAGCUUUCUAAGCAUCUGGGAGCAAAGUGGGAUGUCUUAAGAAAUGCAGGUAUCUUCUUCCUUGGGACAACCCCAUACACAUGGCAAGGAACUUGCUGUGCGGAGUGUAGAAGCCAUGCU